CUCCAUCAUGUGACUUUGGCGUAAACAGGAAGCAGCUGAUCUUGACUUCACUGCCUGCUUCCAUCGAGUAAUGUGUACAACUGUAAUCUUAAACACAAAUUAAACACAGUCGUCUGAAAUUGCUUGAAUUCAACCAACCGAUAUACCCCGUCGGGCGGAAGGAGAGCAAGAGGAGAGCUGCUGCAGACACUGACCAAAGUCAUCAGACUUGCAGCUCAGAGAAAUACUCUACAUCGUGUCUGCUGAGGGGGAUGUCAAGCACAGCAAUGAAGAAGAAGGUGUUACUGAUGGGAAAAAGUGGGUCUGGAAAGACCAGUAUGAGAUCAAUCAUCUUUGCUAAUUACAUAGCUCGAGACACACGACGCCUUGGAGCUACAAUUGACGUGGAGCACUCCCAUGUACGGUUUCUUGGCAAUCUGGUUCUAAACCUGUGGGAUUGUGGAGGACAGGACACGUUCAUGGAGAACUACUUCACCAGCCAGAGGGACAACAUUUUUAGAAAUGUAGAGGUUCUUAUUUAUGUGUUCGAUGUUGAGAGCCGCGAGCUGGAGAAAGACAUGCACUACUACCAGUCGUGUCUGGAGGCCAUCCUGCAGAACUCCCCCGAUGCUAAAGUGUUCUGUCUCGUUCACAAAAUGGAUCUGGUGCAGGAAGACCAGAGAGAUUUGAUCUUUAAGGAGCGUGAAGAAGAUCUGAAGAGACUUUCCAGACCUCUGGCUUGCACUUGCUUCAGGACUUCAAUCUGGGACGAAACCCUGUAUAAGGCCUGGUCUAGCAUAGUGUACCAGCUCAUCCCAAACGUGCAGCAGCUUGAAACGAACCUGAGAAACUUUGCGCAGAUCAUAGAGGCAGAUGAAGUUCUUCUGUUUGAGAGAGCUACCUUCCUGGUGAUCUCCCACUAUCAGUGCAAAGAGCAGCGUGAUGCUCACCGGUUUGAGAAGAUCAGUAACAUUAUCAAACAGUUCAAACUCAGCUGUAGUAAACUUGCAGCCUCUUUCCAAAGCAUGGAAGUGAGGAACUCCAACUUUGCGGCCUUCAUUGACGUCUUCACCUCCAACACAUAUGUCAUGGUCAUCAUGUCGGACCCCUCCAUUCCAUCUGCAGCCACUCUCAUCAAUAUCCGUAAUGCUAGGAAACACUUUGAGAAGUUGGAGCGGGUGGAUGGACCCAAGCACAGCCUGCACAUGCGAAUGCGCUAGCCGGUGCAUUUGCGGAAAGCAUCAGCCAAUCAGUCCACAGACCGCAGACGGCAUGUUGCUGUCUUCCAGCUCCGAUACAUACGAGCAGCCCUGCACUGUCUCCUCUAUAUCUUCUUAUUCAAUCACAGCUACUACUGGAGAAAUCAUACUUUCUUUUGGUCUAAUUUCCAACGGUGAUUAUAAGUAUCUUGAACUUCGACACAUACUGUUGGAAUAUUUGCCCCCAUAGCUUGGCCCAUUAAAGUAAAAUGAAUAGUUGUGUUUACUAUGAAGGGGACUACCUUUGCUGUCACUCUUUAUGCUAUACUGUAAAUUAAUUCACUCCAUGCAGUGAAUCCCAGUGAUCGGGGGAUGUUAUCUCCAAAUGAUAAGCAGCCGAUACUGUUUGAUUUUCAAAUGCAAGUUGUAAGCUGAUACACUUCGAAAACAAUAUAUAGUUAUAUUGAGAAAAAAUAUGUGAUGUGUUUUUUUCUGCUUUUACAUUUUGAAAAUGCUCAACGCUUGAUCAACAUUUUCAAAAAAUGUUUCUGCAUAUUUUGUAAACAGAUAAACACAUGUUUACUUCCUGUAAAAAGACU